AUGUCUCUUAUUGGCCAUGUUUUCAAAAAAGUUCUCAGCAAGAAUAUCUCCUUCUACAUUGCCACUUCUGAGAACGGUUACAUACGGCUCCCUGACUUAAUCGACCGAAGUGGCGACCACUACGCCCGACCAACAUCUGCUGCAAGACGGAUCAACAGACUCUUCCUACGCACCUUGAUAAGCCUCAUUAUGGAGCUGCAAAAGCUACCGGGGGACGAAAAUCGGAUCUUGAAUAAUCUCGCCGCGGCCUCUUACCUCGCCGGUGCGCAGGCACAAAAUGAAGACCUUUUGCUCAGGCAGCCAACUGCCCUACGCCAAUAUGGACCUGCCCAAAUUGCUUUCUCACGAACAAGCUCAAGGCUUCCUCUCCACGCUUCCCCAAACACACCACAACACCUGCUUUUGCAGCAUCCGGUGAACUCCGUCCCACAACCAGGUGAUCAUCUACGCCCUCUCUCACACACAAGGCUUUCUUGCACUCUCUCUCAAAGCAAGAAGAAGAAGAUGGCCGCCAAUAACACCGCCCAGCCCACCGCGGCCGGUCAAGUCCCCAACGGCCAAGCCCCAAGCCCUCUGGGCACAUCUCUGGGAAAUUGCGGACACCGUAUACCCAGACCCGGGUAUUCGAGUGGUGGUGCAAGACUGGAUCGAGCGGACCGGCGAGCUGGAGGGCAUGUAGUCCACGGUGGAAGCACUCACCAGCUUGAUCUAGCAGAUCGAGGCUGGCGGAGUCGACCAAUGCUUCGCAAAGUACCUGUCCGGGCUCCGUUUACAGCCACAGGAGUCCGAUUACGAGCUGUACUUGCUGGAAGUGGAGGUUCGAAGCCUCAGCAUCUUGUAUCGAAACUCGAUAGGGAUGACGGGUGGCGGCCCGGGCAGGCGCAAGGGGACGAGGAUGAGCAGGUAGCACUGAGAGAGGAUUAUGAGGAAGAGGAGUACUGUGACGAUGGGGAUGAUGAUGAGAGUGGAAUCAAGGACGAGAGCGAGUGGGAGAGCCAGAUCUAA